GCGGCGCAGGAGGAAGCGGAGGAGGACCGGCGCGCGGGGCCCGGGAGGCAGGCAGCGCAGCGCCGCCGCCGCCGCCGCCGCCGCAGCCCGGGGCUCGCCAUGCUCCUGGCCUCGGCCGUGGUGGUCUGGGAAUGGCUGAACGAGCACGGCCGCUGGCGUCCCUACAGCCCGGCCGUGAGCCACCACAUUGAGGCUGUGGUCCGCGCCGGUCCCCGCGCCGGGGGCAGCGUGGUGCUGGGCCAGGUGGACAGCCGUCUCGCGCCCUACAUCAUCGACCUGCAGUCCAUGAACCAGUUCCGCCAGGACACGGGGACCCUCCGCCCAGUUCGCCGCAACUACUACGACCCGUCCUCGGCCCCCGGCAAGGGCGUGGUGUGGGAGUGGGAGAACGACAACGGUUCUUGGACGCCCUAUGACAUGGAAGUGGGCAUCACCAUCCAGCACGCCUAUGAGAAGCAGCACCCCUGGAUCGACCUCACUUCCAUCGGCUUUAGCUACGUCAUUGACUUCAGCACCAUGGGCCAGAUCAACCGGCAGACCCAGCGCCAACGCCGCGUCCGCCGGCGCCUGGAUCUCAUCUACCCCAUGGUCACCGGCACCUUGCCGAAGGCCCAGUCCUGGCCGGCCAGCCCCGCAUCGGCCGCCUCGCCCGCGGCCCCGCCCUGCUCCUGCCCGCAGUGCGUUCUGGUGAUGAGCAUCAAGGCGGCCGUGGCCGACGGGGGUACCGGGCCCCUGCAGCCCCCAGCGGCCCGCAAGAACAUGCCCCCACCUGGAGCCGUCAAGCUGCCCCCUCAACCAGGUCCCGGGGCCAAGCCACUGGACAGCACGGGCACCGUCCGAGGGCCGGUGAAGACUGUCCCAUCGCAGGCGAUCCGGCGACAGGCCUCCAGCACGCCGGCAGGGGUGACCGCAGGCUCUCCCGCCAGUCCCCCCGGAACCAACGGCAAGACCGGAAGGGUGGCCCUGGCGACCUUAAAUCGGACCAACCUGCAGCGACUGGCCAUUGCCCAGUCCCGAGUGCUGAUCGCCUCUGGUGUCCCCACUGUGCCAGUGAAGAACCUAAAUGGGUCCAGUCCUGUGAAUCCUGCCUUGGCAGGCAUCACUGGGAUUCUCAUGAGCGCCGCGGGGCUGCCUGUGUGUCUCACCAGGCCCCCAAAGCUGGUCCUCCACCCACCGCCGGUCAGCAAGAGUGAAAUCAAAUCCAUCCCAGGGGUUUCCAACACGAGCCGCAAGACCACCAAAAAACAAGCCAAGAAAGGUAAAACCCCCGAAGAAGUGCUGAAGAAGUAUCUGCAGAAAGUCCGGCACCCGCCAGAUGAGGACUGCACCAUCUGCAUGGAGCGCCUCACGGCCCCCUCGGGCUACAAGGGCCUGCAGCCAACAGUCAAGCCUGACCUGGUGGGCAAGCUGUCCAGAUGUGGCCACAUCUACCACAUUUACUGCCUGGUCGCUAUGUACAACAACGGCAACAAGGAUGGCAGUCUGCAGUGUCCAACCUGUAAGACCAUUUAUGGAGUGAAGACAGGCACCCAGCCUCCGGGGAAGAUGGAGUACCACCUCAUCCCUCACUCCCUGCCUGGCCACCCCGACUGCAAAACCAUCCGGAUCAUCUACAGCAUCCCUCCCGGCAUUCAGGGGCCAGAACACCCAAAUCCUGGGAAGAGUUUCAGCGCCCGUGGCUUCCCACGACACUGCUACCUUCCGGACAGCGAGAAAGGGAGAAAAGUGCUGAAGCUUCUGCUUGUGGCCUGGGAUCGCCGCCUCAUCUUUGCCAUCGGCACCUCCAGCACCACGGGCGAGUCAGAUACCGUCGUCUGGAACGAGGUCCACCACAAGACAGAGUUCGGCUCUAAUCUCACAGGUCACGGCUACCCAGAUGCCAAUUACCUGGAUAAUGUGCUGGCUGAACUGGCUGCCCAGGGCAUUUCUGAGGACAGCACUGCCCAGGAGAAGGAUUGAGCUGGGCGGGGGGGGGGGGGUCUUUGGGCCAGG